GAUACACAAGCAGUGGUGAGCUUGUUGCUUCGGUAUGGCGCAGAUCCAAACAUCAUGGAUGAUAAAGGGCGAGGAAUAUUGCUCUUGGUAGUGGAACAUGGGUUUAACUCGAAGGCACUAGUGACGCAGCUACUGAAGGCCGGAAGCAAUCCCAAUGCAAGGAACAAAAACGGUCGCACGCCCUUAAUGGAUGCUACGGUCCGAGGAAUGGGCCAAGUUGUGAAAGCACUUCUUGAGGCUCCAAAUAUUGAGCGAGAUGCAAGUGAUAUCUUUGGUCGUACAGCUCUCAUGGAGGCUACUAGGAGACGCAAACCUCGUCUUGUAAAGCUUUUAUCCCAAGGCUACGAAGAGGCUUUAUCAAUCGAUUUCUCCGACGACGACCAUGAGUUCGAGGAUGAAGGUGACCUCAUCUGUGAUAUAUGUGGGACUUGGGCUUUUCGCGAAGAUGCUUACCACUGCUCGAUCUGCGACAAUGACAACUUUGACAUUUGUGAUGACUGAUGAGUGCAAAAAAUGGGGUGCGAUCUGUCUGGAUGAUACGCACCAGAUGAUCAAGCGAUAAAAGACAAUGAUACUAGGACAACACCGCCUAGAGGAAGGAUAUUAAUCAGGCAUUUGACUUGGACAGGUGUCUUGUACUAUUUUGAUUAUAGUGGUUCUGUGGGUUCAGCGUCGGAUGUCACGGAGUUAGGUCUAGAAACUUGUACACUAGUUAUGCAUGACAUUAGCAUCUCUUCUC